GUGAUGGUGAGAGAGCAUCAUGGGAAGGCUGUGACUCCAGCAUGGAGUUGCUCAUUGCUCUGGAAAUGUCGAGACUACAAAUGAUUGAAGAUGAAGCCAGGAGGAGACUGUCCUGGCUACAAGAACACUCCAGGGAGCAAGGCUGGGACUCUACCAUUGACCCAACCACUCUACAAGGGUGCAGUGGAGUCGGUGGAGCCGGAGCAACGCUUGCCACCAACAUUUUAGGCUACGAUGUUUCGUACGGUGGAAGUCGGGUGGGGGUGGGCCAGGCCGAGGCUUCGGCCUGGCCCCGGCCAGACAUAACUGAGGGAGCGACCUCGUAUCAACCAACCAGUGCUGAAAUUGCAGUGGAUUAUUUUCUCAAGAAGUUAGCCAAUAAGGAGAUCAGCUUAAGGAACCUCAAUGUGGACAAAGACUGGGAGAGGAAGGCAGAUAAGAAUCUUCUUUGUUUCCCUAAAGUUGCCAAUGAAGUUGAAGAUGGACAUUUCGAGUAUGGAGAUCUGCAUGAAAAUGGUCAUCUGUUGAUCUCUGGUCACUCCACUGACUUGCGGAGAGAUCUCCGUAGGUCCCAGUCGCUGGGCGAUUUAAAGAACUCGGAGGAACCGGAGUGCAUGAUUGACUCUGAUCAUGUUCAUCAGGAUCAUCCAGAAGAGACGGCUCGACUCCGAUUAGCCAAACCUAAACAGGAGAGCAUAGACAUGGAGUCAGAGAGUGGAGAUGUGGAAAACACUGACCCAGGAGCCGCAUCCGAGAUUAUUGGAGAUAUGGACUCCCCUAUGAUGGAUAUGGAAGUGCGUGGAAUUUUGAGUCAGUUAGACAAUCCAUUAGAUGAGCAGUGUGGAGGAAGUGAUGUUAGUCUGGACUUAGACCCAGUCUUCCAACACGAACCUUCUUUUCAGUUGAUAGUUGAUGAAGGAACUGAUAAAGAUGAAAGUAAUUCCACGGAACAGAGCAGCAGCGCUCCGUCUAAUGUUAAGGGACUCAGAAUUCACAUUUCCCAUUCCUCAAAACUUGAAAAUCAGAGUUCAAAUGAAUAUGAAUCAGAGACAGGUAUACCAAAUUCGCCGACGUUGUAUAUAAGUGGAGUGUCAAUUUGUCGGUCUCCUGAGCCUCGUUCUCCCAAGCUUCAGCACAAGGAAACACGAUCUCCGAGUUUGACGCUUCCGCUCUGCUGCACGCCAGAGCCCAGGUCUCGCAUUGAUGGCCGUCUGGACACUUCGCCUCUGCCAAUAUACAGUCGUUCUCGCUCUUCGUCACUGGUAGUGCCCAGUUCUGCAACUCUCUCGCCUCGAAUCUCUGCCCGACCCAGUGGAACUUGCCUUCACCUGUCCUCGCUGUCUCUCCAGGCUACGAGGGCGACCUCACCAUUCCUCCUUGGUGAACUGCGAGUCUCUCGUUCAGCAUCGGAGCCGGAGAAGGGACGACUAGUGUUCCAGUUUCCCAAGUCUCCCACAGAUGGAGCUCUGAGCUCUGUCUUGCAUGUUGAGGAGUCCAACCUGAGCUCCGACGACUUCCACGAGGCUCUGUUUUUGGGCAAGUCGCCCAAACCAUCGAAAAGAAAAAAGUCAAAGAAAGAGAGAAACAAAGAUGCGAAAGACAGGAGUAAAAGUGAGAAGGAUGUGAAAGAGAGAAAUAAAGAAGGGAAACAAAAAGAUAAGUGUAAGGAAAAUGGUAAAGAAGUAAAGGAAAGAAAAGAGAGUAAAGACAAGAGAAAGGGUAAGGAACUUAUUUCAACGGUAUGAUCUUUAUUGAGAUUCUGAAGCACAGUUUUAUUACUGAGAGAGAGAGAGGAGGUAGUAAAGCAGGUACAAUAAAACUAUCCCAAAUAUAUUAGCUUUUAUAAAUAAAGUUUUAUGCAAAAUAUACAGAAAAAUAUCUUUAUCAGUAAAGUAAGUGAUAAGAAUUUUAUAUAACUAAUAAAAAACAGGCCUUCACAUAUAUUACAGAAAAUAGCCUUAUCAAUACAGUGAUGAGAAUUUUGUAUAACAAGACUAGGCCUACAGAUAUAUUACAGAAAAUAGCCUUAUCAAUGAAGUGAUAAGAAUUUUAUAUAUAAGACUAGGCCUACAGGUAUAUUAAGGUUUUGAUAUCACUGCUUAAAGGAGAGAUUUUGUAGUGGUGUGUUGGGACAGACUAGAGGAGCACCGCAGGAAACCUGUACCUUGCUCCGGGCAUUAUUGUCACCCUACCUGUGAUACUGUAGUUAUGUACGGCUCUGGCUUUCAAUGUGUUCUUUUAUCUUAAAAAUUAUGUCUGUGAUCAUUCUUUUGGUUAUUUGUAAAGUUCGUUGAAGAUCAACUUUGUCUAUCUUAGAGUUUUUAAGACCGUAAAUGUACUUUUUAAGAAUGUUCAUUGUAAUUUUUAUGAUAGGAUUGAAUGUUUUUCUGUGAGACCAACUUAGCAUUCUUAAUAAGACGUAGAUAGGAUUUUUGUAAUGUUUAUAUAAAACACUUCUAUACGAGUUUAACUGUGAGGGAAAUGUGUUGUGCGUGGCUGGUUUACUGUGAGAGUGUGUGUGAGAGAGAGAGUCAUGGAUUCUGACAUUCACUUUGUCACUCAUAGAUGUGUAAAAUAUAUGUUGCUGGUACAGUCACUAGUAUAAUCUGGUACAGUCUAUUACAGUCACUAGUACAAUCUGGUACAGUCAACACUAGUACAGUCUGCUACAGUCAACACUAGUACAGACUGGUACAGUCACUAGUACAGUCUGGUACACUCACUAGUCUACUGCAGUCAAGUACCAUCUGGUAAAGUCAUUCAACACUAGUACAGUUUGGUACACUCACUAGUACAGUCUUCUACAGUCAACACUAGUACAGACUGGUAUAGUCACUAGUAUAGUCUGGUACAGUUGCUCAACACUAGUACAGUCUGGUACAGUCACUGCUACAGUCUGGUGCAGUUGCUCAACACUAGUACAAUCACUAGUACAGUCUGGAACAGUCACUGAUACAGUCUGGUAUAUUCAUUAGUACAGUGUUACGGUCAUUAGUACAGUCUGGUACAGUUAUUAGUACUCUG